GUGGUCCUUUUAUGCAUGUGUAUUAGUGUUAAUGGUGGUAUAAGAAGACGUCGUCAGGAUUUUCUUUUUCCUGAUGAAUUCAAGCAACUUGAAAGUAGGGGUGAAUUUUAUGGACCGGAUCCAUUCGAUCCAGAAGAUUACCCUGAUCCAGGUUUUGGUCCAGGACCAGGACUUCCACAACAAUCAGGAUUUCCUCAACAGCAAGGUUUCCCUCAGCAACAAGGUUUUCCUCAACAACAAGGAUUUCCUCAACAGCAAGGUUUUCCCCAACAACAGCAAGGUUUUCCACAACAACAGGGAAUUCCUCAGCAACAAGGAACUCAACAAUCACAAGGAACAUUCCAACAAAACAAUCCUCGACCUUUAUUGCCAGGAAGGCCCACCUCAACAACAACUCCAAUGCCAAUGCUGACAACUCCAUCACCAGCUUACCUAGCUUGUAUAGCUAAUUGUCCCACUACUUCCGAAUACAAUCCCAUUUGUGGAACGAAUCGGCAGUUGUACUUUAAUCAACAGAAAUAUGAUUGUGCUUUGAGAUGCGGAGCUAAGGUUGAAAUUUGGAGGCGUGGCUCAUGCGCGGGAUUAUUUAAUAUGCAGAGAGGAUAAGACAAAGACUUGUUGUUUGUUUAAACUUAAUUUGUGGUUGUGAAUAAAAUUAACAUACUGGAUGAUCUUUAAGUGCUUUUGUUAAAAAUUUUAAGAUGAUUUCAUUUUGAAGCAUAAAGUUUGUUUCAAUAUUA